AUGAAAACAAGAAGAGGGAAGCGAUCUGAGCCAUUUUGGCCGUCCAUUGUGAUGAAAAAAUGGCUGAAUAUAAAGCCGAAGGUUUAUGAUUUUAGUGAAGAUGAAGUUGAUACAGAGAGCGAGGAUGAUGCUUGUUCCCUUAAAAAUGAAAGGAUACACAUACACGAGGAUCGUGAUUAUGCGACAGAGGGAAACCAAUCUGAAUGCUCGAGUCCAACUUCAAGCGGGAAGCCUUCAAUAGAGAAUUCCCUAAGAAGCCGGAGAGGAAGAUCUGAAACUUUGCGUCUUCAGUACAUAAAUACAAAAGAUGUGAGAGUAAUGAUAGGCACUUGGAAUGUCGCUGGAAGACUUCCAUUUGAUGAUCUUGAAAUUGAUGAAUGGCUUUGUGUGCAAGAGCCAACAGAUAUAUACAUUCUUGGAUUUCAAGAGGUGGUUCCUUUGAAUGCUGGGAAUGUACUUGGAGCAGAGAAUAGAAGUUCAAUUCCAAAAUGGGAGGCUAUAAUCCGUAGGACUUUAAACAAAUCAUUGGAACCUGAAACCAAACACAAAUGCUACAGUGCACCUCCUUCUCCUGUAUUAAGGACUUCUUCUUCUUCGGAUAUACUUGCUGAUGUGGCUAAUACCCCUGUGCUAAACAUGAUAGGAAAAGAUUUCAUAGAAGAUUGGACUGGCCGGAACACUCGUUGGAUACAACCUCUCAAGAUCUAUCUUGUGUAA